AUGUCGGCCGAACCUAAAGACUCAGCUAUGGGUUCGCCCCCAAUCUGCCAAAUCGUGACGCCUAUUGGUAACAUGGGCUAUGGUUUCGACGAAACCACGACUGCAUAUCAGCUUGCUCAACUCGUACCGAAUGGAAUUCCAACAGCUAUCAUUCUUGACUCCGGCUCAACCGACAGUGGCCCUGAGAAGCUGGCCCUGGGUACCACCACUGCCCCAAUUUCAGCUUAUCUCAAGGACCUGAUCAAGUUGCUUCGCCUUGUUCAUCAAUUUCGGGUUCCAUUGAUAUUCAGCUCCGCUGGGGGCGAUGGGACUAAUGACCACGUCAAUAAAAUGCGGGAAAUCAUCGAGACUAUUGCGGCUGAGGAAGCAAACUCUGAUUAUUUCAUAAAGGCCAUCUCAAUCUAUGCCAAGAUCGACAAGGAUCUCAUCCGUGAGAGACUUCAAGCGGGCCGUAUUGUAGGCUGCGGAACCUGCGUACCUCCCCUUGCAGAAUCAGAGAUCGAGUCGUCUGCUCGAGUUGUAGCUCAGAUGGGCCCAGAACCUUUCAUUGAUGCAAUGGAGGCCAACCCUGAUUUUACCGUCAUUAUCGGAGGAAGAUCCUAUGACCCGGCUCCCUACGCUGCCUAUGCUAGCUUUCAGCUGAAGCGCCAAUACCCUAAGAUUACAGAAUCGGAAAUCCAACAACGGUACGGAGGCUUCGUCCACAUGGGCAAGAUCAUGGAAUGCGGUGGUGCGUGCUCUACCCCCAAGUCACCUGGCGCAGUUGCCGUCGUAUACGAAGAUGGCACUUUUGAUAUCAGCCCUACGUUCCCCGGAUCCCGUUGCACGCCCUUGUCUGUUGCGGCGCACGCAUUGUACGAGAAUUCGAGGCCGGAUGUGUUGGGUGGGCCUGGAGGGGCUCUUCACCUGGAAAACUCCAAGUAUGAGCAGCUUCCAGAUGGACGAACAACUCGUGUGAGCGGCUCAGAAUAUCGAUCAAGCCAAUCACAGGGUUCCCCCUAUCAAUUUAAACUUGAGGCGGCUCGUGUUAUUGGAUAUCGCUCCAUGUUUAUGGGAUCUGUUAAAGACCAUAUAUUGAUUAGGAACAUUGAUAACCUGUUUGGACGGAUAAAGUUAUACGUCAAAGAGCAGCAUCCCGAUGUUACAGGAGAAUGGGACCUUGGCUUUCACGUUUACGGUCGUGGCCAGAGUACGGCAAAAGGCCCCGGAGAGCUUUUCAUUAUCACCGAAGCUAUUGCCGAGAAUCAAAAACUGGCAACCAGUAUGGCAUCUAAAGCUCGAGUAGCCAUGAUUCACGGUCCCUAUCCAGGAAUGAAGGCAACGGCGGGCAAUUUCGCAUUUGGCAUUGGUGGAAAGAUGGAGAUUGAACUCGGCAAGUGUGCCAAAUUCUCCAUAUACCAUCUCAUGGACCUCGAACCAGGCGAAGAGAGGUUGCGGCCUACUCUGGGCGCUGUCAAUGAAAGGAAGCUGCUAAGCUAUGCGACAUCCAUCAUUGGAAAUGGAAAGCCGACCCCAUCAGAUGACACAUUCAGAGCUGAAAUCGCCCGCCUCCGCGAUUCGCUCCCAGCUCCCGUCGCGAAAGGAGCGGUUCACGUCGCUGCAACUAAGUCUGCUGCACCUAGCGAGCCACCUGAGACUCUUUGGGACCUUGCUGCUGUUCUUCGAUCUAAAAAUGCUGGUCCAUUCGAUAUUUCCCUCGACGUGAUCUUUAAGACUAAAGAAGAUUUCCACGCGGUCAAGAACUCGGAUUUCCUUUCCGCCGAAAAUGUGUCGCGUGAACUUGAGAUCGAUAAGAAAGAUAUAGUAUGGAUGGGCUUUUUUGAACCAGCGCUGGCUUUCAAGGUAACAAUACCUCGUUUCCGAGGAGGGAAGAAAACACCCGCUGGAAGCUUCAUGGAGAACGACGUCCAUGGAUCUCAACAGCAUGUGGGCUUGGGCACAAUGACGCUGCCUAACAGUUUACGGGGGCCUUCCAAAACGUUGUGGGAGAGGAGCCAGACGUCGGCGGCUGCAUAUGUUGCCGUUGGGGCAUUUUUAAUGACUGUUGGUGGCGUUAAGGGUUUCUUGCUAGGCAGAGCUACAUCUCGCUCCAGGUGA